AUAAUACGGUUCCAUUCUGUCAUACUGUCCGAAGCGUCCAGCCUUCCUCGGACACGUGUCUCCAAUCCCUGACUGCUGCAGAAAAGGAGGGCGUACCCAGUGAUCCCGGCAAUGGAUGUCUCGCUUUCUCAUGUCCGUCCCGCUCCCCGGCCAUUCAGAUUAGCCUCCUUCACACCAUCAUGCAUCCCAUCUGGCUUAACGCGCCGCUUGCUUCUCAUCGGCGGAUGGCUUAAAAAGCUUAUCUUGGUCUGAAGCCAGCAGGAAGAUCGGUUGUGCAUGCACCCUGCAGCACUAUAAGUCGCGACUCGUCUCUCGUGGCCUCUGCUCCGUCCCCGAAGGCACCUGCUUACAACCGUCUCCCCAAAAGACAGAACCACGCACCUCCCGAGCCCUACCGCACCGCACCAGACACGUCACACAAUGUCCGCUGAUCCGGAAGCCGCCCGCCGAACGGCAGAGGCUCGUGCCGCCGUGACGGCCUCACUCGCCUCUGUGGGUAACUCUGUCGACAAUGAGAUGCGGACACGAGCGGCCGAUCUCCAUGCCAACGCGGAAGCCAUAGCAAAGCAGGAGAAGGAGCUGGCGAAGCAGACAGUUGCGUUGGCCAAGCAGAGCGCACAAUGGCAGAAGAUGGCGGACACAAGCACCAAGAAGCUCAACGAGAUUGGAGAUAUCCAGAACUGGGCCGAAAUGAUUGAACGAGACCUGGUGGUCCUGGAGGAAACUUUGCGAUUGGUCGAUGGGAAGGCGGUCCCUGAGUCUGCCAGUGGUACGAAUGGUUGGGCGGAAUAGACGCCUUCACCGGAGUGCUGGUCUAACCUUACAACAACGUCAGCGCACCGCGCGACUACUUCCCGCAUCUUCUUAAAGGAAGGCGACUCCUCUAGCGACUAUCGGGGUUCUCUGCGCCAACACAUGGGCGUUUUCGUUCGCAGCUGUCGUUCGCCGUCUGGUAGAAUGGACAAGAGCGCAAAGAGCCAGCUCGAUAUUGACGCGAUCAGCUGCCUGAGAUAUGUUGAAACAUGACACU